AUGGGUCGCAAGAAAAUUCAAAUCACACGGAUACAAGAUGAAAGAAAUCGACAGGUGAAUUUAUCAUAUUUUUUUAUAGUUAGGCUCUUUUCAAACAUAUAAGUAAUGAAAAAUUAAUUGGAAAAAUAUAUCUACCGUAGUUCUUUUCACUUUGCUAUGAGACCCUUUGUGUUUCGCGAAUUCGAAGAAAAUGAACUACGGUAGAAAUAUUUUUUCGAAGCAUUUCCUUUUUUUACGUUUUAGUAGGCUCUUGGUUAUUCUCAAAAAAAAGGGAAAAUUCCAGUUUCAUUUCCAGAAGCUAGACAAAUAUUGGUAAAGCGAAAAAAGUGUACAAAAAUAAAUAAAUAAAAUUUUUACUGUUUUCCUUUUCUCUCUCUCUCUCGAAAAACUUUCUUCGUCUUCCUGGAAACAUGUUUUUGGUUAAAUUAGAGGUUAGGUGAGAAAGUUGACUAAUUUAUCUUCUUCUUUUUUGGCUAUUUUUCUUUCAGAAAACAAUCAUGUGAUUUUCCAGGCGAAACAAACAUUUUUGUAUUUAUGAAAGAAAGAGAUAGAGUACGGUAUUUUCCAGAAACCAUUUUUGUUUAACAAAGUAAAUAAUUAUCGUGCGAAAACGUAUUCCAGAAUUGAUAAACAUUUUAAAAUUUUUUAAAGCAACACCCUCGUAUAAUAGGCACUUUCUUGAAAAAAGCCCAAAUGUUCUCAAAUCUUAGAAUUAGCUUAGUUUUACUGUUUUCUAGUUCGGAGAAAAAAUUCAAAACGUUUCAAUAAGUAUUAGCCGAAAUAUGAAAACCCAUUGAAAAACUGAAAAAACUCAAAUUCAAACAACGCGGGUUAGCGUCAACGCGGAGUCUCGUUGUUUUCUUUUUAUUUUUUCGCAAAAUUUUUCCGUUUUUUUUUCGGAAAAUGACAAUUCGCAUGGAAACAACUGCUUUCUGGGUAUGAAAAAAAUAAAUUGAAGAAGUAUAAACACUAAGAUUCAAUAUUUCAGACGAAAACUAAUUUUUUCAAUGGAAAUUGUGUUUUUUUCAGUUUUUGACCGGAAUAUGCAAUAUAAUACUGUAAUAUCAUUGUCAAAAAUGAAAGUAGAGAUAGUUAAGGAUGUUCAGAAAUCAUUGUUAUAAUUUAUUUCAAUGUUUUCAGUGAAACAAUUCACUUUUUGUGGAAAAAAAGUUGAAAGGGGUACUGUAGCACACAAUUGUCGUCACAGUGUUUGCACAAUUUCAUGAAAUUGCGGAUCUGCACAAUCUGCAGGCGAUUUUCAAAAAAAAAUAAAUUUUUUUCUCAAAAGUGGUCAAACUUGAUCGUUUUUGAGUAUUUCUUUUUCAUAUUGCUUGUGAGCAUAGCUGGAUAGGUUAAUUUUAUAUAUUUUGGUGUUUGAAAUCAUUUCGCAAGGGCUUUAUUAUACGAGGGUGUUGCUUUAAGACUAACCAGAUCACCUAAAUCAAAACAGGACCAUUUAAAAAAAGGUCUGAUUUUUUCGGUCGAAUUUCGGAUUAGUUCCACGUACCAUGUUUUUUGGACCAAAAAUUUAAGAAUUUCAAAAAAAUUGAACCAGUUCAAAUUUUUUUUCAUGAAAAUUUAAAAUGGUCUUGGAAAUCAGGUAUAUUUUUGAAACUUCAAAUUUUUUGGUGGUUCGACUGCAAAAAUUAAGACUUCCCAAACUUUUUUCCAGUCAAAAACAUUCUCAUAAUAUUUCUUGCUCAUAGUCACAAAUCUUUCAAAUAUGUUUUUUUUUUCUUGAAAAUCUCAAUAAUAAGAAUAAUCUCUUUUUUUCCUCUUUCGAUGACGUCUUCCGUUUUUCUUCUUCUUCUUUUCUCUCUUUUUCUUUUUCUCUCUGAAAAAAAGAAACUCGAAACAUUCAGGCGCUGAAUAAAAAAGGCAGCCAGCAGCGCGCACUUUUUCUCUGCGUCUCUUCGAAACGUCAUCGAGCUCCUUGCGAGCAUAUUUGGAGUGAAAAAAAAAGAAGAAGAAGAAAGAAGAGGGAGAGCAAGAGAAAAAAUAGUGCACAUGCCGAUAUUUUUAGCAUUAAGAAGUGACGAAAAUAGCGUAGGAGGCUGAAAAUAUCUGCGAAACGAAAGAAACAUAAUUUUAUGUUAUUGGCAGAAAAAAGGAAACUCUUGAAAAGAAUGAAAAAUUGAAUAUGGAUGUUUACAUAGAUAUUUCAAAACUAGGAUAUUUUUUAAAAAGGGGAGCAAACUUUGGAAAAAUUCAACAAAAAAAGUUUAGAAGGCUCUAAGGAGAAGAAUUCCUUAUCAAAUAGAAAAAUUGAUUAGGCAAUAUUGGACUUUUAGAAAAAAAGGCUUUCUAAAUACAGAAAUCCAAAAAAUUUCCCCACUUCUCCAACAAGACUUUUUUUGCAGGUAACAUUCACCAAAAGAAAGUUUGGAUUAAUGAAGAAAGCCUACGAAUUAUCAGUAUUAUGUGAUUGUGAAAUUGCUCUAAUUGUCUUCAAUUCAACCAACAAACUCUUUCAGUAAGUCAUUUUUAAAUUUCCAAAUUUCUAUGAAUUUCUUCUCUAAAAAUUUUCACACCGUAAACAAGUAACUACAAAAUUUGUAUUUUCUCGUGAAAAUAUCUAUUCAACUGAAUACAAUAUUGAUUUGCUUUUUGUCAGAUAUGCUUCAACUGAUAUGGAUAAAGUACUUCUGAAAUACACGGAAUAUAAUGAACCACAUGAAUCUCGCACAAAUAAUGAUAUUAUGGAAGCAUUGAAUAGAAAAGAGGGAAAACAUGGAGGAGGAGAUUCAGAUGAUGAAUCACCAGGUCCAUCAACAUCUCCAAUUAUUCAAUUAACACAAAAUGGUCGAAAUGAUAACAAUAAUAGUAGUUUGAAUGGAAAUUUAUCAUCAUCAGCAUCUUCAGCUUCAGCAGUUGCAGCGGCAGCGGCAGCGGCUGCAGCAAUUGCUGUUGAAAAUCGACCACAACAAUUACAUCCACUUUAUCAAAAUCUUUUUCAAUCAUAUCGACCAAUUCAACAGCAACAACAACAGAGAAAUGAUGUGAAACAUUUGGAAUUCGCAACAACUUCUUUUGCUGCAUAUGAUUCUUUACAUCCAAUUGCAGCUGCGGAUGCUGAUUGUGAAUUGGGAGCUGCGAGACAAACGGCUGAUCAGAAUAUAUGGGCGGCUGCAUUACAACAAAGACCUUUAUCACAGCCAGCAACUCAAUCUACAGGUUUGUGAUGGGAAACAUUUUUAAAGGAGGAGACUCUAGUGUUCAUUGGUAGAAUAAUUCGUUAUCAUUAUGUAAAUAAAUAGUGAGGUGGUUACUGUAGUCGUUUUGGAGAGAAUUUGUGUACUUUUUGUGAAAUUGUUUCAAAGAAAUUAUUUUCUGAAGAUUAUUGAAGUUUAUCACAUUUUUUUAUUAAAAAAAUGUGGUAAAAGGUCUAGAUCAACAUUUUGAGACUACUAACAAAGAUUUUAAAAAAAUGUAUUUCAAGAGUCUCUCCAAAUUAAUCAAUCUUAUAUUUUGCAGGUCUCACAAACGGUCUCAAUUCUCUAAUCUCUCCAUCAACAAAUUCAAUAAAUGGACAUAAUCUCGGACUAGCUUCAAAUAAUUCAUCUGCUUUAAUUGAUUUGAGUGCUUGCGGUGGUGGCGGCGGACAAAAUCCGGGUUAUUUGAAAGUGGAUCCGAAUGCAUAUGUCAAAGUGGAGCCGCAUUCUCCACCCGAAAAACGCGCAAGAAUUCCAACAACUGAUUGGAGACCACAACAAUUAACAUAG